UUUUUUGCAUUAUUACAGUCAGAGUCAAACGUCCGCCCUUUGAUUCAAACAACCAAACCAAAGCCAACAACAAGAGCAUUGUUAUUUGUUAUGUCCAAAGUCCAACCUUUGACUCACCAACACCGCCAUCCCCCAUCUUCUCAGGCCUCCCAAGAAAGAAACUCAUCAAGAAAACCCCCAAAAAUUCUCGGUUUCUUUUUUUUUUUGAUUGUAUGAUACAGUGCUGAUGAAGAACCAUUUAUGAAUCUGUAUCAUUCCAUGGCGUCAUCUCCGAAUAAGAACCUAAGUAGCACCGGAGGCUUAACUGUUCCAGAAAAUGCACUAAUCACCACGCUCUGCAACUCACUCCAAGCACUUGGUCGUGGCUUUGACGUCACUUCCGAUAUCAGGCUGUUGUACUGUAAGGGUGCCCCAGGGUCUCGUUUGGUGCAUAUUGAUGAAGAGCAAACGAGAAAUCUUGAAAUCUCUGAAUCUUGUGUGAUCCCGGAUGUGUCUGUUGACAUUGAAUGCUCCAGAGGCCAGAGUUCUAACGAGAAGACCCCUGUUUGGAGCUUUCAUGAGAUGGCAAAAUACUUCAAUGAAAAGUCAAGUGUGCCUGGUCAUAUACCACUUGGAAGCUUUAAUUCUAUGUUUAAUUUCAGCGGAUCUUGGCAACUUGAUGCAGCUGCCACAAAAUCACUUGCCAUGGUUGGAUACGUCAUCCCACUAUUUAGCGUUAAACUUGCAAAACACAAUUUAGUUUUACGUGAUGAAAUAAAACGCGCUGUUCCAUAUUCUUGGGAUCCUGCGUCCUUGGCAAGCUUUAUUGAAAACUAUGGGACCCAUAUUGUCACCUCUGCUACAAUUGGUGGAAGGGAUAUAGUCUAUAUUCGACAACACCAAUCAUCACCUUUAUCAGUAUCAGAUAUUGAAAACUAUGUGAAAGACAUUGGAGAGCAGAGGUUCUCAGAUUCGAAGGGCAAUACAAGUGCUGGUGCCUUAAAGUACAAGGACAAGGAUGUUACCGUCAUUUUCAGAAGGAGAGGGGGAGAUGACCUUGAACAGAGCUAUGCCAGGUGGGCCAGGACUGUGGAAGGAGCACCUGACGUGAUCAACAUGACAUUUACGCCUAUCGUUUCUUUGCUUGAAGGGGUGCCUGGAAUAAAACACUUAACUCGUGCUAUUGAGUUGUACUUGGAGUACAAGCCACCUAUUGAGGAUCUUCAGUAUUUCUUAGAUUUCCAAAUUUCUCGGGUUUGGGCUCCAGAGCAGAACAACCUGCAAAGGAAAGAGCCCGUUUGCCCGUCUCUGCAGUUCAGCUUAAUGGGUGCCAAGCUUUAUAUAAGCCCGGAUCAGGUAUAUUAUUUUGGAAAUGCUAUAUUCGGUUUAUUUGAUGUGUAAAUUUUUCCUUAAAUCCAGUAUCAGUCCUUUGGAAAUCCUCUUUCCUGCUUAAAUGAGAAAUAAAUGAAUCAAUUAAUCAUAAAAAGGGUGUCUCUUUUCUGUAUAUGCCACUCUAUGAUAUGUGCCUGGCAACUGUUUUUCUCAUCUAGUGAGCUGAUGGCAACAUAGUUGCAGUAUGUACCUUAAGUUCAGAACUGGCAAGAAGCACCCCUGUUACUGUGUAGUUCAGAAACUGAAGCCUUUCUUAUUUAAUUAAUUCCGAAAACUAACUGUAGAGCAACAGAGCUGGGAUUUCUAUUCAGCACCCUGAUUGAUUUACAGAGUGUAUUUGUAAGUUCAGAUUGGUAAUCUUGUGAGUAUGGAUGCAUGCAUCUCAUCUGCAUCCGGUUGUAAUUGAAAUACAUGCAUACAUGUUGCUUGGUUGUUUUAAUGUAACGCAAGCAACUAUUUACUUAGAAGAUUUGGAGCUCAUGUAUUAAUUAUUAUCCCCUAGUUGUGCUGUUUUAUACAAGGAAUGAGUUCUUUAUUCGAAUAUGAAAGCUUAGGCUGGUUGGGUUAC